AGAGUCAGUCUUCGCCAGCACUCGGUAGAGUCAGGUCGCUCGGUCCUUACCGAAGUAAUCUGGCGUGCUCGCGUGCGGGAGAUUCUAAGUUCCUCGGUGUAUAGUGAGAAUUAGCUCGGUAACGGUGUUGUUUUUAGUGUUACGUUUAUUUUUUGGUGUUUUCUUUUAAAUAUCCUCCAUCGUCGAUUUCGUUGCCCAGUUUCGACGAUCCUUCGUUUCGUUUGAGAUACAUGCCACAGACACUUUAUACGUACAGUGCGCAAGUUCGGUUUAUUAUUUCAAACGUCAUACUGCAGAGUGAGAGAGAGAUAUAAAAGUGGUCUUCUGAAUUAUUACCGACAAUUUGGCGAUUUUGUAGUAGUGUUUGUCAAUUACCCGUCGAGCAAAGACUUUCAGGUAAAGAUGAAUACUGACAAACCGAAAAGUGAAACCGGAACCGAACCUGAGACCGAUCCGGCGGUUGUACAAAACACAAAUGAGGAAUCAAUGGAUACAGACGAUAUAAACUUCGCGGCCCAUUGUUUACUCUCCAUGUCUCAGGCUAGAGAUUACAGCUUGUCCGGAGCACGGACAUCCGCGACACCCUUCAUGGAACCACCACCCCGUUUUGAUCACACCACCACACCGAAGAACUUGAUGAUGGUGACGAACGUGAAACCGGCUGUGAUAGUAGAGCCGGUACCGGGUGCGGCAAAUUUUCCGGGUCUACCGGAAGACCAGGCGACGACGCCCCCCGAGGUCUUUUCAAGUUCCCUCUUCAUGGUGGCCAGGAUACUAACCGACCUAACUAAAAUCAAACAGGAGCCGGUCCCCGAGGUCCCGCCCGUCGUUACCGAUCAAAGCGUCUCUGAAACCGACUCAGAGCUCAUGUAUUCAACCGAUAUGGAUGCCGAUAGUGAGCCGGAACCGGAAGACGAGGAUCUCUACGAGGAAUCCGAUUUCGAGCUCAACGAUGUCUCGGACAUAGAGGCCGAAGAGGAAUCCGACCUCGAUUUUGACGAAAAUGCGAACGACGGGGAGGACGAGGACGAACUUGACGGCGAUGACGAGAACGAAAACAAUUACGAAUACGAAAACGCCAACCAACCGCAGGUAGAUAUCGACGAGGAUGAGGGAUUAGACGUGGGUGCGGACGAAACGUUUGAGGAUGAGGAGGAUGAGGAGGACGAUGACGAUGAUGAUGAUGAUGAUGACGAUGAUGGUGACGACGACGACGACGACAAUGUGAACGAGGAGAAGGAAAUGCAGAUGCAGGACGAGGAAGAGGAUGAGGAGGAGGAGGAUGAAAACGAGCCGGUGCUGCAUCGGCGAAAAUGCCCCAGGCUCGACAUAAAGUACGAACCGCAAUAUAAAGGCGAGGAGGAGGAGGUGGAGGAGGAGGACGUCGAGGACGAUGACGAGGAGCAGGAGGAGGAGGAGGAGGACGAGGAGGAGGAGGAGGAGGAGGAGGAGUUGGUGGAGUUGGUGGACCCGGUUGUGCCGGCAGAGGAAUCGCCCAAGCCAUCAACAUCCGGCGAACAGUCAACGGGGUCAGGAGAGAACUCGAACUCGAGCAACGAUGACGUGAACACAGCCAGGAUAAACCCUGCGCCCAGAUCUUCAUAUACUCCUGCACGAAAGUCACACCAUUGUCCGUACUUAGGAUGCAACAAGGUUUACGGAAAGAGUUCGCAUCUCAAGGCUCAUCUCCGCACUCAUACCGGUGAACGGCCGUUUCCAUGCGGAUGGUCGGGAUGCGGAAAGAGAUUCGCCCGAAGCGACGAACUCGCGAGACACAUGCGAACUCACACCGGCGAAAAGAAUUUCUCAUGUCCAGUGUGCAACAAGAGGUUCAUGCGGAGCGAUCAUCUCAGCAAGCACGCGAGACGGCAUCCGAACUUCGACCCAUCUGUCCUCAGGCAACGCCGAGCGCCAGCGCGAGCUUUCUCGGUGAAUUCGAGCGACGGAACACCGAGCGAAGCACUAUCAGACAGCAUCCUAUCGCCUCAGUUGGAUUAUUAGCACAGCUGCUAUUAACAGGCGAACGAGUGUAAAUAAUAAAUAAAUUGUGAACAAUAGUGCAGUGCAACGAACAAUGAA